AUGCCUUUUCUCUCACACGCGCGCACCAUUUUAAAAGCAAAAACCAAAUGGUGCCAUUGGUAGUCUCCAUAAUCCAACAAGAUGGAAGCACCUUCUUCUCCCUCAUCGUUUUCUCCUUCAAUCUCCCACUUACUUUAUCUUCUCCUUCUUUACCUAUAAACACUCUCUCACUCAUUUCUUCAAACUAAGUAUAUAUUAUUAUAUAUUUAUUUUCCCUUGUGUGAUGGGGGCUAGUGUUUCUUCAACUAAUAUAUUAGAAAAUGAAGAAGGGUCUAUUUGUUCAUCAUCAAGACCUGGUCUUGGUGAUAUCCCUGAGAGUUGCAUCUCCUCCUUGUUCAUGAAUCUUGAUCCACCAGAUAUAUGCAAAUUGGCCACCGUCAAUAGGGCCUUUCACCGAGCUUCCUCAGCUGAUUUUCUCUGGGAAUCCAAGUUGCCACCAAGUUACAAGUUUCUUGCUAAAAAAGUUAUUGGUGAAGAAAAUAUUGCUACUAUGACUAAGAAAGAGAUUUAUGCCAAACUUUGCCUACCCAAUCGUUUUGAUGGUGCCACCAAAGAAGUUUGGUUGGACAAAUGUAGUGGACAAGUUUGUUUGUUCAUGUCAUCCAAGUCCUUGAAGAUAACAGGAAUAGAGGACAGGAGAUACUGGAACUAUAUUCCAACCGAAGAAUCCAGGUUCAAUAGUGUUGCAUAUCUUCAACAAAUGUGGUGGGUUGAAGUGGUGGGGGAGCUAGAGUUUGAAUUCCCUGUGGGGAGAUACAGCUUAGUUUUCAGACUCCAAUUGGGCAAGGCCUCCAAGAGAUUGGGCCGGCGCGUGUGCAACGCUGAUCAAGUCCAUGGCUGGGACAUCAAGCCCGUCCGAUUCCAACUCUCCACAUCAGACGGCCAGCGUUCGCUCUCAGAGUGUUACUUGAGUAGGCCUGGGGAGUGGGUCUACUACCAUGUAGGAGAUUUCGUGAUUGAAAAGCCCAAUGAGCUUAUAAACAUCAAGUUUUCCUUGGCCCAAAUUGAUUGCACUCACACCAAGGGUGGCCUCUGCGUAGAUAGUGCCAUAAUUUGCCCAAAGGAGUUUAGAGAAAGACUCAAACAACGUUAGCUAAUUCUUUCACUUUGCACAGUUUAAUUAUAAGAAGAGAAAAAAGAAAAAGGAAUUGUUUUUUUUUUUUUUUUUUAACACAAGUUUGGUAUUAUUAGAAAGUACUCAAGUAGCCCUCGUUUUUAGGUGGGUUUGAGUGUUCAUUUGCAAAUUACGUGUAGUGUAGGAGUGACCAGUGUGAAAUAAAAGUGCUAACUCACGCAGUUAUAGUCUAUAGAGAUUAGAGAGUUCCUUGCUUUUGUUAUGAUGCUUUUGUUGUAAUUAGAAUGCAUUAAUAAAAUAAAUAUUUUUUAUACCGUGAUUCAA